AUGUCGAAAACCACCAAAAAGAAACAUGUAACAAAGGAGGUUAUGGAUGAUUUUGUUUUACCAGAAGAGAAGGAACAGAUUGUUAUGGUGACAGCUGGAAGGGGAAAUAAUUUACAUGAAGUUCAAGAUCCUUCUGGAAAUAGAUUUCUGGUAUCCAUGCCAACCAAGUUUAGAAAAAAUGUAUGGAUCAAAAGAGGUGAUUUUAUUAUUGUGAACCCUAUAGAGGAAGGAGAUAGAGUGAAGGCUGAAAUAGUUAGUAUAUUAUAUAAAGAUCAGAUUAAAUAUAUCAAAGAUGAAGGCAAAUGGUAG